ACCAGGAACAACGUUCAGCGCUUUCGAACGUUCAGGCGAAUAUUGGCCUCUGUAGGAUCGUCACAAGAUGGCCAGCGAACAGGUAAACUCACCUACGGAGCAGACAAGUCCGGUUAUGACAUUGACAGGAGAACGUGCUUCAGACCCGGGCGAUAAGAAUGUGGGCCCUGGAUUCGGAGAAAAUGACACGUGCUGUAAGUGUCACAUAGAAAGGGAGGAAGAAAUUAAACGUCUGCGACUGGAAAACGAAAGCCUGAAAAAGAGAGUGGCCGAGUUGGAGAAGAUGGUCCAGGACAGAGGGUCCUGUCAGGUUUGCGGUGGUCAAUCAGUCAAGGCCGACAUCGGCUCGGAGGGAGAAGGAUCUGGAGACCAAAAUUGCGGGAUAGGGACAGUGGAGGAAAGUGCAGACAUGAGUAAACGGAACAACAGUGAUCAAGUGAAGAGCCUGCUCCAGGGUGGCACCACAAGCUCAAAGAGCCCUCCCGAGGUACCUGUGGGGAAACUGGUCAACGUAGAUGAGCCCACGUGCCAACCAUCCACGUCCAAAGAUCCGUGUGAGGUCUCUCAAUCGAAGGCAGCGGGAGUCCAGCCUGGCAUGGAGAAGAGCUGCCCCCUCUCAGAGCCAAAGAGAACUCCGGCCUGCCACAUGCAGCGGGCCAGGCUAACCUAUGACAGCAGCCACACUGUUCUCAUAGACGUGAAUUUUUUCAGUCAAGGAGGGAAGUUCCUUCCAAUGUCAGGAAGACACCGCUGGGAUAACGUUUCAGUGAGAAUGCCUUUUGCUGAGGAGAGUGUACUGAUUAAGUCAGGGUUUUUACAGCAGGGCGAUGAGAAACGAUGGGAUAUCAUUCAAAAAUCUUUGAGCCGACUGACAACAGCUUCACUGGUGAAAUCAUCAGACGUUGAGAGUGCUAUAAAGAAGUACAAUCCGAAAUACAAAGACGCGUGGUCCUUUGAUGCCCUUCACACAUUCUGUGAGCGUGUACAGACUAGUGAGAAACCAAUGAUAUCAAAAACCCUCAAAGAAAUUGCAGCGCUGGCUUUGCAACUGCCUGAUAUCUGCAGAAAGGCCAUUCCCUUGCUCCGCCACGGGCAGAACCACUCCAUCACAUUGUCCCAGAUUCAGAUUGCCAGCCUACUGGCCAACGCCUUCUACUGCACCUUCCCCCAUCGCAACGCCACCCACCCCCGUGCGGAGUACGCCAAUUACCCCACUAUCAACUUCCACAGCUUGUUCGGAAAAUGGUCAGACAGGAAGGGGGAGAAACUCAGAGCCAUUCUCCAUUACUUCAGCGAGGUGACAAAUGAAGGCACGAAGCCCAGAGGUCUGGUCACCUUCAAGAGGUGUUACCUUCAUCACAAUGACUUUCCCCAGUGGAAAAGUGAAGCCAAAUCACUGACCAAACUUGAGAUCACCUCAGAAGGCACUAUCGAGAAGGACGGCAAGGGUAAGCUGCAGGUGGACUUCGCCUGUAACCUGGUGGGCGGCGGGGUGUUGGGGUCCGGCCUGGUCCAGGAGGAGAUCCUCUUCCUGAUGAACCCCGAACUGAUCGUGGCCAGACUCUUCACAGAGAAGCUGGGGGACACCGAAUGCCUCAAGGUCACAGGGUCCCAACAGUAUAGUAACUACAUGGGGUACAGCGAUAGCUUCACGUGGAUUGGCCCUCACAAUGACAACACUACAAGGGAUGAAUGGCAAAGACGCAAAAGACAGAUAGUUGCCAUUGACGCGCUUCACUUUAAGUACCCGAGAGAGCAGUUCAACGUGAAAAAAGUGAUCCGGGAACUGAACAAGGCCUACUGUGGGUUCAGCGGAAACUACUUUCCUGCUGUUGCUACGGGCAACUGGGGUUGUGGAGCCUUCGGCGGUGACCCCAAACUCAAAGCCCUUAUCCAGAUGAUGGCAGCCGCUGUGGCCCACAAAGACGUUGCCUACUUUACUUUCGGGGGCCACGCCCUUGCACAGGACGUGCGGGAUAUGUACCACUUCCUGACCACACGCAACAUCUCUGUGGGCCGAUUGUUCAGAUCACUGGAAAAUUACUGUGGUGCCCUGUAUUCAGUCCAGAGCCCACCAGACCUGUACGAAUUUAUCAAGAGCACUCUCAAAGAGACCACCAGCAGACAUUGAAUACAGGGCAAAACAAAGUCAGCUAAAACCAUCUAAAUAAUAAAAACAGCAUUGAUAUCAAUAAAGUGUGGGCAAAACCACCAGUGUAUAUGCAGAAUUGUCAAAAGAUGAUCAAUGCAAGAUAAACGAUUAAAAUAAAUACAUAUGAAGUGUUGUAACAAUGACAGAAGGCAUUCAUGUAGUUGCCUAUACACAGUUUGCACAAAUCUUAUUAAUCAGCUGCGAAAGUUAAUGUAACUGUAAACUGAAAUAUUUGCCCAUUGUUUGGGCUGGUAUAACCGGGUUGCAGAUAAAUGGUACUGAAGUGGGGGUCUAAAUCAAACAUCUUUAGAAGUGAAUGUUCAUUUAACUUGGGACUGGAAUUGGUUAAUUGCUUGUUCAUUCAAGAUCAUCAGGAUCUUUUUUUCAAUCUAUUAAAUAUACCAAAAAAACCCUGACAAAUGGAUGUCAAUUCUGUUUAAAAAUAUGCAAAUCUAAGUGUAUAUGAUGUACAAUGUUUGUUUCACUUUUAUAAUUCAAAAUAAA